AGAGUUAUGUCAUGCCCAGACCACCGCAGGGCUCCAUGAGGAUUUAUGGAAGAUGCUCCGUGUCUUGGCGCCUCUGGUGCUCCUUCUGCUGUGGCUGAUGAGGAUCUGGGCCAGCCCCCAUUCCCUGAGGAUUGCUGCCAUCCUGGAUGACCCCAUGGAGUGCAGCAGAGGGGAGAGGCUCUCCAUCACCCUGGCCAAGAACCGCAUCAACCGCGCGCCCGAGCGGGCGGGCAAGGCCAGGGUGGAGGUGGACAUCUUCGAGCUGCUGAGGGACAGCGAGUACGAGACAGCUGAGACCAUGUGCCAGAUCCUCCCCAAAGGCGUGGUGGGAGUCCUGGGACCUUCCUCCAGCCCAGCCUCCAGCUCCAUCAUCAGCAACAUCUGUGGGGAGAAGGAGGUUCCUCACUUCAAAGUGGCUCCAGAGGAGUUCCUGAAGCUGCAGCUCCAGAGGUUCACCACCCUCAACCUGCACCCCAGCAACACCGACAUCAGCGUGGCCGUGGCAGGAAUCCUGAAUUUCUUUAACUGCACCACUGCCUGCCUCAUCUGUGCCAAAGCUGAAUGCCUUUUGAACCUGGAGAAGCUGCUGCGGCAGUUCCUCAUCUCCAAGGACACGCUGUCGGUGCGGAUGCUGGACGACAGCCGGGACCCCACGCCGCUCCUGAAGGAGAUCCGGGAUGACAAGACAGCCACCAUCAUCGUCCAUGCCAACGCCUCCAUGUCCCACACCAUCCUGCAGAAGGCAGCUGAACUGGGGAUGGCAUCUGCCUAUUACACCUAUAUCUUCACUAAUCUGGAGUUUUCCCUCCAGCGCCUGGACACGCUGCUGGACGACCGUGUCAACAUCCUGGGGUUCUCCAUUUUCAACCAGUCCCACGCCUUCUUCCAAGAGUUUGUGCAGAGCCUCAACCAGUCCUGGCAGGAGAAUUGUGACCACGCUCCUUUCACUGGGCCUGCACUGUCCUCAGCACUGCUGUUCGGCGCCGUGUACGCGGUGGUGACGGUAGAAUUGGAAGGUCUCACCGGCCACAUCGAAUUCAACAGCAAAGGCCAACGCUCCAACUACGCCCUGAAAAUCCUGCAGCACACCCGGGGUGGCUUCAGGCAGAUUGGCCACUGGCACGUCUCUGAAGGGCUCAGCAUGGACAACAGGAUCUUCUCCUCCAACAUCUCCGACAGCCUCUUCAACACCACCCUGAUUGUCACCACCAUCCUGGAAAACCCUUACUUAAUGCUGAAGUGGAACCACCAGGAGCUGGAAGGCAACGACCGCUACGAGGGUUUCUGCGUGGACAUGCUGAAGGAGCUGGCCGAGAUCCUGCGCUUCAACUACAAAAUCCACCUGGUGGGCGACGGCGUCUACGGCGUCCCCAAGGCCAACGGCACCUGGACAGGGAUGAAAGCCGACCUGGCCGUGGCGGGGCUGACGAUCACGGCGGAGCGCGAGAAGGUGAUCGAUUUCUCCAAGCCCUUCAUGACUCUGGGAAUCAGCAUUCUCUACAGGGUUCACAUGUUUGUGGAGGACAGGGAAGUUCAUGGGCUGACACCGUACGAGUGGUACAGCCCCCACCCCUGCUCCCAAGGUCGAUGCAACCUCCUGGUGAACCAGUACUCGCUGGGGAACUCGCUGUGGUUCCCCGUGGGGGGGUUCAUGCAGCAGGGCUCCACCAUCGCCCCCCAGGCUCUGUCCACGCGCUGCGUCAGCGGCGUCUGGUGGGCAUUCACCUUGAUCAUCAUCUCCUCCUACACGGCCAACCUGGCGGCGUUCCUGACCGUGCAGAGGAUGGACGUGCCCAUCGAGUCCGUGGAUGACCUCGCUGACCAGACCACCAUCGAGUACGGCACCAUCCACGGCGGCUCCAGCAUGACCUUCUUCCAAAACUCCCGCUACCAGACGUACCAGCGGAUGUGGAACUACAUGUACUCCAAGCAGCCCAGCGUCUUCGUGAAGAGCACGGAGGAAGGGAUCGCGCGCGUGCUGAACUCCAACUACGCCUUCCUGCUGGAGUCCACCAUGAACGAGUAUUAUCGGCAGCGCAAUUGCAACCUCACGCAGGUCGGGGGCCUUCUGGACACCAAGGGCUACGGGAUUGGCAUGCCCGUCGGCUCCGUGUUCCGUGACGAGUUCGACCUGGCCAUCCUCCAGCUGCAGGAGAACAACCGCCUGGAGAUCCUGAAGCGCAAGUGGUGGGAAGGAGGGAAGUGCCCCAAAGAGGAGGACCACAGAGCCAAAGGCUUGGGGAUGGAGAACAUUGGUGGAAUCUUCGUGGUGCUCAUCUGCGGCUUAAUCGUAGCAAUUUUUAUGGCAAUGCUGGAAUUUUUGUGGAGCCUUCGACACUCUGAACAGUCGGAGGUGUCGGUGUGCCAAGAGAUGGUGACGGAGCUGCGCAACAUCAUCCUGUGCAAGGACAGUUUCCACCCCCGUCGGAGGCGAGGGGCGGUGGUUCGGACUCGCCCCGCGGCGCCCGAGGAGCGCCGAGCCCGCAGCACCACCACGCUCAGCAACGGCAAGCUGUGCAGCGGGGGCGAGCCAGACCCCCUGGCACAAAGACUGGCACAGGAGGCUGCCCUGGUGGCCCGGGGCUGCACCCACAUCCGCGUGUGCCCCGAGUGCCGCCGCUUCCAGGGGCUGCGGGCGCGGCCGGCCGCGGGGUCGCCGGCGCGCAGCGAGGAGAGCCUGGAGUGGGACAAGGCCACCAACAGCAGUGGGCCCGAGUAGCGCCAGACCGAGGGGGCGUCGGGGUGGGGACGAGAGGGUCCUGUUCCAUUUUACAGAACACGGACUUGUACAAUGUCAACUCGUUUUUAAAUCAAUAGCAGUUACCCGGCUUCUCCAGAGCGAGGUGGAUCUUGGCGUGGACACUGAGGCCCGGCUGUGGUUUUGGUGUCCACCGCGGCCUGGUGGGGCAGGAGGGAGGUCCUCAGGCUGGUGGGUGUCCGGAGGGUGUCUCUGGGAUGGAAGGAUGCGGUGGGUGGCUGGUGUAGCAGGAAUUGCCCACCCAGGGUCAAGGAGGGGUGCCUGGAACUCUCCCCUCCAGGGUCAGAGAAAGGACGGUGGCGCUGCCUCUCCAUCACUUACUGCGGGAUGUUCUCCAAGGGAAGGGCGGGACUUUUUAUUUGCUGUGGCUCUGGGAAGGGAGGAGUCAUUAUUUUGGGGUUUUUUUGUUUAAUUUGGGUAUGUCAGGACCCAGUCUCCAAGGCACCAGGUGCUGAAUUCUUCUUCCUUUUCCGAGGGUGGCAGGUGGGUUGAAGGGGGAAGGGGAGGAUGGGAUGGGACACACUCCCUGUGAGAAGCAGCCUUUGCUGGAAGUCCAUCUGAGGAGCUGUUGAAAUUACAUAUAUAGAGAAAUAUAUCUAUACAUAGAUAUAUAUAUAAAAAUAUAUAUUAAAAUGCCAAAAAACAGCCAAUGAACACAAUGAACUCAAAGAGGCCUUGAAACGCCUGGAAUUUCAGGGGUUCUGUGUUUUUUGUUUCAUUCUGGGGUUAUUUUUUACUUUCUUUUCCUUUUCCUUUCUAUUCUUGGGAUGGGGUGGGGAGGAGCCUUUUGGGGGAGGUGAGUGGGGAGCACUGGGGGGGCUGCCCAUCCCCACCAGCCAAGGGAGGAGGUGUUGGGACCCCCAAAGUGUCCCUGGCUGUGCUCUGCACGCUCCUGAAGUGACUCUGAGCUCUGCCCCAGGCCCAGGAGUUCCCAAAUCCGUGACCCCACGGAGCACCCUCAGCUUCCAGGGUGAAUUCCAGCCACACAGCGUUUGAGAAAAACAUUAGCCCAAGAUCUCGUGUGAGGAAAAUAGUGACUUCCCUAGAAACAGCAGCAGCUCACCCUCUGCUUGGUACAGAUGUGGGGUUUACACUGGCAAAUUUAAUUUUCUGAUUGAAAAAACAAAUUCUAUGCAAUUUCUGGUCGUAAAAGGAAAGAGAUGACAAUGGAGAGGGGCAGGGGAGAUAAAGCCUUGAGUGAAGGUACAUCCUGUUCUUGAAUUGUUUUCUUUUCUUUUUGUCUUGAAUGUACUUAAAUAAAAGAUGUCCUUGUAUAA